GGAAAACGCAGGAAGCUUUACGGUCCGUCCAUCUGACAGCUGGUUCAGGCUGUUCGGUUCUCCUCGCAGCUCCUUCAUGGACUGAGGAGUCCCUGCAGCAGCGGGUGUCAGAGCAGAGCCGAGCCGAACCGAACCGGACCGGACCGAACCAGCCUCCUCCUCCUCAAUCCGGCCAUGGAUGAGCAGGCCGGCCCCGGUGUGUUCCUCAGCGGCGGCGGUUCGGGUCCCGGCGGCACCGGGAGCGCCCGAGCCCCGCCGCCCGCGGACGGAGCCGCGGCCCGGUCUCACUACAGCGUCCCGGGGAUCCUCCACUUCCUGCAGCACGAGUGGGCCCGGUUCGAGGUGGAGCGGGCCCAGUGGGAGGUGGAGCGGGCCGAGCUCCAGGCACAAAUCGCCUUCCUACAGGGGGAGCGGCGAGGGCAGGAGAACCUGAAGAAGGACCUGGUGAGGCGCAUCAAGAUGCUGGAGUACGCCUUGAAGCAGGAGAGAGCCAAAUACCAUAAACUGAAAUAUGGAACGGAACUGAACCAGGGAGAGAUCAGAGCUCCGAGUUACGACUCGGAUGAAGGCAAUGAAAGUGAAGCUACCAGUCCUGCCAACAGCAGCCAUCAGCUGAGCUGGAAACAGGGACGGCAGCUGCUCCGACAGUACCUCCAGGAGGUCGGAUACACCGACACCAUCCUGGACGUAAAGUCCCAGAGGGUUCGGGUUCUGCUGGGCCUGUCCGGAGAACCUGGAGACGGCCCGCCGGACCUGAGAACCGGGCCCAUGGUGAACGGAACCGAGCCGUCCUCGUUGAAGGACAGCGGCAUGGUCAGUAAACCGGACCUGUCGGACCCGGCUACUGUCCUGGAGGCGUUCAGGUUCAUUGAGAGCGCCGCUGCCGAGUUCAGCGACGAAGACGAGGAAGAGGACAGCGAGUCCAAAGACAGAACCGUUCUGGACCUGGCUGCCAUGGUGAGGAAGAAGCCGCCGUCGUCCAGCGCCUCUGACCUCAGCGACGACCCCGACACCGAGGAGGCCCUGAAGGGCUUCGACUUCCUGGCCAGUCCGGACGAGCUGGACGGGUCGGAUCCGAGGAGAGGGGAGGACUGGGAGAAGGAGGAACCGGCGGCUCUGGGAGAACUGGGCUGGGACGUGGACCAGAGCCUGAUCGCCCAGCUGAAGGAGCAGUACAGGAAGGAGAGGAAGGGGAAGAAAGGAGUGAAGAGGCCGAACCGCUCCAAGCUGCAGGACAUGCUGGCUAACCUGCGGGACACCGAGGAACCCCCGCCCCUGCCGCCAGCCGUGUCGCCUCCGUCCCGCCCCAGCGUUUCCAGACUGAGCGAACAGGAAGUGGGCCAGCCUGAUGACGAGCCGAUGGCGUUCCUGCCGACCGGAGGAAAGUCCUUCAUCCUGGGCAGAGUUGACGAGGCUGUCUCCAACGAGCUGGCGCUGGGAGAACUGGGAGAACUGGGAGAACUGGGAGAACUGGCCCAGCUGACGGUUGCCAACGAGGCGGAGAGUCUGGGAUACGACAUGGCCUCGAAGUCUGAGGCUCUGCGGAAAACGUGGAACCCGAAGUUCGCCCUGCGGAGCCACUUUGACUCGGUGCGCGGCCUGGCCUUCCACCCGGUGGAGCCGGUUCUGGUCACGGCGUCCGACGACCACACCCUGAAGCUCUGGAACCUGCAGAAGACGGCGCCCGCCAAGAAGUGUGCAGCGUUAGAUGUGGAGCCCAUCUACACCUUCAGAGCUCACAGCGGCGCCGUCCUCAGCAUCACCCUGAGCUCCAGCGGCGCCCAGUGCUUCAGCGGUGGGUCGGACGGAACCAUCCAGAGCUGGAACACGCCCAGCCCAAACAUCGACCCGUACGACUCCUACGAGGCCUCCGUCCUGCGGGGGGCGCUGCGCGGCCACUCGGACGCCGUGUGGCGCCUGGUCUACAGCUCGCCUCACCACCGCCUGCUGUCCGCCUCGGCUGAUGGGACGGUCCGGCUCUGGAACGCCGCCGACGUUUCUCCGGCGCUGGCCGUGUUCAACGGCGACGGAGAUCUGGGGGUCGCGACCUCUGUGGACCUGGUGAGCAGCGACCCGGCCUACAUGGUGACGUCGUUCGACUCGGGUCACAUCGGACUCUUCAACAUGGAGACGCAGCAGCUGGUUCUGAAGUUCGACUCCGCCGGGCCUGCAGAGCCCCCCUGUAAGAUCAACCGUGUCCUGAGCCACCCCACGCUGCCCAUCACCGUCACCGCCCAGGAGGACCGCCACAUCCAGUUCUUCGACAACAACACAGGUAAACCGAUCCACUCCAUGGUGGCGCACCUGGACGCGGUCACCUGCCUGUCUGUGGACCCGAACGGGCUCUACCUGAUGUCAGGAAGUCACGACUGCUCCGUCCGCCUGUGGAACAUGGAGAGUAAGACCUGCAUCCAGGAGUUCACCGCCCACCGCAAGAAGUUCGACGAGUCCAUCCACGACGUGGCGUUCCACCCCACCAAGUGUUACAUCGGCACCGCCGGCGCCGACGCGCUCGCCAAGGUCUUCGUAUGACCCGGAUCCGCAGGGGGCGCCGCCGUGCUGACCCGGGCGGACCUGGUUGGACCCGGCUGGACCGGGCCGGAGCCGGGCCGGCCGCGUCCCUUCCCGACGCUCUGAGGGAACCAGGAGGAACCGGAAGCAGCUUUUGCUCCGAUUCCAGUGCGGCGUUCCGCUGCCGGGUUUUCUCUGUGUUUAUGACGUGCCUUUUUCCUCAGAGCAGACGUUCCUUUAGCAGACGUUCCCAGCAGAACCCGGCCAGAACCAUGAGCAGAACCCAACGGGUCCAGAGUCGGCCCGCCGGUCCGGUUCUGUCCCCUGCAGUUUUCCUUUAAAGGUUCAUUCCAGUUUGCUUCAGGACUUUUCUCUACGUGAGUCAUGUCAGUUCUCCUGGAGUUCUGGACCCGGUUCUGGCCCGGUUCCAGCCCGCCUGUCGGACUUGUUGCACUUCAGAGGAAAUCCUGCGGCAUCGCUCAGAUUCUUAUCGUUUCUAUUGAGUCCUGCCCGGAUCUGUGGAUUUCCGGCUGAGCGGCCGGUUCGGUGUCGGAUGUUCUGGUUCUGGUUGGUUCGGUUUGUUUUCUCCAUUUGUUCCUGCUGGGAUGUUUCUGGAGCCGCUCCUCUGGGAAGCAGCAGCUGCCCAUCGGAGAGGAACGCCGGUGUAGACAUGGGAGCAGGAAGUGUACAGUUUGUUCAGGGAAUCUUCACGGAUGUUUUCUUCUUCCUGAUUGUGAACGAGCUGAAAGAAACGUUCAGCUCUCCGGGUUCCUGAGGAAACGUUCCUCAGUUUUAUCAGUUUUAAGCUUCCAGAACAUUUUUCCAAGCUGGAUCAGCUGAUUGUUCCUGAGGUGACAGGAGAGAAAAAUCUGCAGCCGAUUAUCGGAUCAUAUUCCCACCUGAAUCCAAUGCCAGGGGAACUUCUGGAAAUCCGGUCCGGUUCUUCUCUGAGCCGAUCGGUCCAGUUAGGAGAUAAAAACCAGGAAUCCUGCAGACAAGUCUGGACAAAACAGAAACAUAAAAAGGGAACGUUUUAUUUUUUAUUACUGUGGAAACAGGAACCAGAGGUGUAAAACAUGUGGCCCGGGGGCCAUUUGUGACCCGCUGGACUGACCAGCUGGGAAAUGUUUAAUUAGGAUGGAAACUAUGUCUAAAGUUAUUAAAAUCAUCUUCCAGUCAUCAAAUCGACCUGCUAGCCUCCACUCUGAACCCCGAUCUGAUUUAAUCUUGUGGAUUAAACUUUGCUAAACACGUGAGCGUUUCCAAGGUAACAGUGACCAAACAGCUGCUCUUCCUGCUGGAAACAGAUUUCAAAAUUUUAUUAUUUCAGUGGAUUGAGGGAACAUCUAUCUAUCUAUCUAUCUAGUCAUGGCUAUGUUGUGUUUGGUCAGAUGAACAAGCAACUGUUAGCGAUCAGCAGCUAUUAGCGAUUAUUAGCUCUGCUAGUGGAUGUUGAAUGCACUGCGGAGCAGAAAGCUGAUGUUGUUGUUUCUCCCUCCAUCCAGUGGGUGGUGCAGGUUGCUACAAUCGAUAGUACCCACACAGGCUCACCCACUAAAAGGAAACAAACACACCCAGUACAACACUUUCAUUCUAUUGGCUCAGAGGUUGCCAGGCGACUGUGCCAAAUGGUGUUUUCAUAAGCGAGCAGAGGCCAAGUGUGAGCGCGAGGAGACGUUUAGAGUACAAGCGUUACAAAUUUUGAGAAGAAAGACACAAAGUCCUGCUUUCAAAAGGAAAAUGUGCUCUUGAACUAUGGCAAGAAAAUGUCCCCAUAUAUCAUCAUUUUCACACAUUUUCAGACGUUUGCCACACCUGGCUCCUUCUGCUGCAGGAUUAUGACGCAUGUGUCACGUCGAUGACAUAAAAGUCAGAUAAUAAAAGUCGACAUGAUGGUUCAGGCUGCAGACGCUGUGAAAACCAUCAGAUACGAUUCAGAUCAGAACCUGUUGAGACUGAUGUGGGUCGCAUCACUAAAGGUCAAAGGUCCUCCACAUUAGACCUAGCAUUUUGUCACUGGAGCGUCCUUAAGGCCAAACAUGCUUCAUGAAUAACUUUUAUCUUUCCCACAUAAACCUCUGAGAAAAUUCUUCAAAUUUUAGAAAUUUAAAGAAUUUUCCCAAAAUGACGUCAGUAAGGGUGUCAGGACUCCUGAUCCAUCACAUGGUUCUGGACGGGCUGCUGCUCCACAGGAAGUGAUGUUAGAACCGGGAUAUUCUGAAAGGUCCAAAUUAAGACGUGACGUCCCAGAACACAGAACUGUUUUUAGAUCAACCUUCUUUGCCACAUUUUGUGGCAGAAGGAGGAAGAAUCUCCAGAUUCCAGGACGGAGUGGGAAUCCUGCAGGAAUCCUAAACUUUGAUUUGGAUAAAUGUGGUUCUGGAUGCUGAGCGGGACGAGGAUGUGACGGAAUAUUUUCAGGAAAAACUGGGAUUUCUUCCCGUUUCCCAGCUGUGAUCUGUUCCUCCUCCAGGCGGGUCGCUCUGGAACGUGAUUCCUGGUCCGGUUCAGUCCGGUCCAGUCCAUUAUGGGUUCAAGAGUCAGGAGAUCAGUUGGACCUUCAGGAACCAAAUAAAACCUCAGGAACAUUCAGCUGACCCAGAUUCUCAGGCCAAGAACCAAACUUCAGACCCGGUUCUGGUUCUGGUUCUGGCUAUAAAUCCUCCUCCUCCUUCUUCUUCUUCUUUGGUUUGUACAGGUGACCCGCUGUGGCCGUGCUGCUGCUUUUUUCCCCUCAUGUACCACUAACAAUAAAGGAGAUGUUUAAUGUC